AUGUCUGGCCUCACCCCCAGCCGGAUACGCAGCAAGACGUCUGAACUCACGGAUUUCUUCCGUGCUGGUCAUGGCCACACACGAUCACCUGCGAACGACCUCUCAACACAGUCGCAAGCAUCGACGAACACACUGGACGUGUCGACGAGCACAGGCCCCGACGGAUUGGCGAAGAAAAAAUCAACACGCAUUCCAUUCCUUGGACGACCGCGAAAGAAGUCGAAUCCAUAUGCCAGUGACUCUGCACGGGAAUCAUCGGACGUUGGGGAACAGACGAGGGGAACGGCAAGCACAGAUAGGCGACCAACGGUCGAGCUCUCGGAACGUUCGCCUAGCUCGAGACUGAGCAUGUUGCCGCCUUCACCAGGCAAAGCACAGCCAACAUCGCUUGGGUCGAAACUGGCUGCACAUUUCAGCCCAAGAACACGUAAACUGAGCGCGUUGAGCUCAAAACCACCGUUGGAAGAAACAUCCAAAACAGCCAGUUUAUCACCGCCCGAUGUGACUGCUUCACGCGGAACAUCGCUCGAUUCUGGCUCAUCGGGCGCCAGAUCGCCAACACCUCGGCCUGUGCAGCCCACAAUAAUGGUUUCGAUGUCCAACGAAAAUCUUGACGAGUACAAGGACCUGUUUACUCUGCCGAAGCAGAAGAAACCACUACCGCGAGAGUCUCCCUCACCCCGCGAUACACCUGAAUCUGAUGGCACCUCGAGUUCCGGACCUUCAACGAGUCCACGGAUCUCGAAGCUUGUCGAGGCCCCUCGGCGUGGCUCAGCACCUACGAUCCUCGAGAGUUCCCGCCAGAAAUCAGCGAGGAACCAGCAGCCAGAAUCUCCAGCGAUUAAGUCAAUAAAACCUCCACGGCGGUCUUCUCCAACUGAAAAGCAGGAUUCGCCCACACCCUCUACCCCUCGAACCUCUGAUGGCAAGGAAUCAGCUCGGUCAAGUCUCUCUGAUAAACUCACAGGUCCUUCGAUUCAACGGCGGCAGAUUACCACACCUGCUUCGGAGUACUCUGCUCAACAGCGGCUUCGUUUGCGGCAACAAGCUGCAGCUGCAGAGAAGCUCAACAAACCACCUUCCAUACCUUUACCUCAACCUCCCCCCUCAUCACCACAGAUGGCCCGAGCAUCGACAUCUCCCACCACCAGCAGCCCGUCCAUCCCUCCUCCCCGCCCUCGAGCGAGUACUGUUGGUUCUGUCGCCAGUGUUGCCAGCGCGAGCUCCCGGAGAACCCAGUGCAACGCUCCAGCGGAUGGCCCACAGCCUGAAGACGAGCCUCCUACCCCUCCAGCCGAAGGCAACAGGCCCGAUCUUGAUUCCGCCACUCGAGAAGAGCUCAAGGAAUCACUUCAGAAUCGAACUCGACAGUAUGACGAAUUGAAGAGUCAUCUUCAGAAGACAGUGGACAAGCACAACGCUGAGAAAAUUGCAUUGGAGAAGAAGGUCUCGCAGUUGGAACGGGAGAUGGCGAAGAAGGACAACCAGAUUAAAGGGUUAAUGUGGCUGGUUGCCAACAACAAAGGACCUCCUGCGACCGACUUCCCGCCAAACCUUGCCCUUCCACCGCUGCCUGCAACCAAUGCAGAACCAGGGCAGGAGCCUCCCAGAGUCCCGUCGAAGAGCAGGCUACCUUCCCGGCGAACCCAGCUAUCUGACGAUUCGGGUGCUGAAUCUCACCCAACAUCUGGUGCCGAGUCAAUUCGAAGUUCGGAGACCUCAGGCAAUGAAUCAGGCUCUCUACGCUAUCGAAAGCUUCGACGACCUUUCGGCCUCGGAGAGGGCAGUCACAGCCUCUAUCUUGCAGCCACUGGUAGCAGGCGUUCCCCUCCCAAAACCCUUGCUCCCGACAGUGCACUGCCCGAGGUGCCGACUCAUAGCAGCAAUCGAUCAUCCAUCAGCUCCUUUUCCCCCUCAUCCUCGACAUCAUCUCUACUGCCGCCCAGUCCUAGCAUGACACUGUCGUCUCUCUCAUCAAUCCCCGAAACACCUUCGUCUCUUCGAUACUCCUCUAAACCGACCUCUCUGAGCGACUCAGAAGAUAGGCGAGGAGUGCGAACCGCCAAUCGGAUAUCGACAUCUUCGAUGGCAUCUUCGAGUACGGCCGCCAGCAGUGCCUACGCCGCCAAUCUCAAACGGAGUAGACCGCCCUCUAUCGCCCAAGUUCUCGAAAACUCGCCCAACAUGGGUGACGUCCUCGACAAGCUACGGCCCUUUGCUCCCUCCUCAUGA